UGUUGAAUCUGUUCUUCGGCUAAAGAAGAAAAAGAUCUCACAAUUUGCUGAUCACAUUCUUGGAGGUGAAGGAGAGAGCAAUCAUGCCCUUAAAACUCACCAUCAAGCUGAAGAACGAGAAAACGGCAGACAGCUCUUCAACAGUUGCUGACCAACCGAGUAGUGUAGAAGGAUUACCCGGUGCCACGUCGUCACCUGCCAGCUGUCAAGACCAAGGCGAUCUCACUUCUGCGAGAGAGGUAGAAGAAAAUCAAGUCAUAGAAGAUCCAGAAAAUGAAUCGGAAAACUCUGGAUAUCAAAUGGUGGUUUACAACCCUGUUGUUGCGGAUGCUUCUGCUGCAAACGAACUUGUUCCGGAACCUUCUUCUAUUCCGAGGGAAAACCCCUUUGCGAAUAGGGGGCCAAGAAUUGUGCCGACUGUUGGUGCCUUCACUGUGCAAUGUGCCAACUGUUUCAAAUGGAGGCUGAUUCCAACAAAGGAAAAGUAUGAGGAAAUAAGAGAGCAUAUUAUCGAACAGCCCUUCUACUGUGAAACGGGCCGAGAAUGGAGGCCCGAUAUAUCGUGCGAAGAUGCGCCUGAUAUUACCCAAGAUGGCAGUAGGCUUUGGGCGAUCGAUAAACCCAACAUUGCUCAACCACCCCCAGGCUGGCAAAGGCUUCUGAGAAUCAGAGGUGAAGGGAGCACCAAAUUUGCAGACGUGUAUUACGUGGCUCCAACAGGCAAGAGACUUCGUUCAAUGGUGGAAGUUCAAAAGUACCUUGCUGAGAACACAAAGUACGCAGAAGAAGGUGUUAGGUUAUCGCAGUUUUCAUUUCAAAUACCUAGACCACUGCAAGAAAACUAUGUGCGCAAGCGUACCGCUCGUACUGCACAGACAACUGAUUUUAAUCCUUUGGAAGUUCGUCCUUUAGCAUGGGUAAAUCCUGACGAGGAUGAUGCAGCGGAAUAUCCCGAUUUGGACCCUGAAAUUCAAUCGGCUAAGAGGCAAAGGAGCGAUGGUGAUUUAGUUUUAUAAACAAAAUGAUGUGGAUAACGUGGAAGAGCCACGUCAGCGCCGAUCGGGUGUUUAUAAUGUGAAAUGUGAGCUCAUGUUGGGUGCACUUUUUGUACCUUAUUUGGUGCUAAGUUGGUGCAUGUUGUAACGAUAUUUCGGUUGGGAAUUAUAGUUUUCGCUUCAAACUUUGGCAAUUUUGUACUACAUAGUUCUGGAUGUAGGUUUUCUUAUGGAUUUUUUUUUUACAAAUAUUUAUAUACAUACAUGUUGUAUAAUUGUAAGUAACCUUGUAUUUCUUGGACAAGUUGGUUUGAUGUAGUCCCUAUUUACAAAA